AGAAGAAAAACUCAUGAGAUUCAUUCCUUGAAGCUAAGCUAAGCUAAGCGAGGUACUUUGCUUUUGGGCUUGUGAUUUCUGCUACUGUUUCUGUUCUCUCCUCCUACUCAUUGGAGUCACUAUACCCACCUUUUCUUUUCUUUCUUCUCUUUUCUCUGUUGCUCAGGCCUCAAGAAAAGGAAGAAAGAAGAGAUCUUUUGUUUUUCAUUCCCACCUUUUCUUUUCUCUCCAAGUUUCUUUCUGCUGGGCUAUCAAAUUCAUUGAAGCUACAGAGACAGAGUGUGUUUUAAGUUACAAGCUUUCCUCUUUUGGAAUUCUUGUCAGUUGGUUUUUCUUUUCAAAUUCCUGAGGGCAUGCCUACGCAUAAAAAGCGAUUCUGAUUCCUUUCAAAUGCCUUCUUGAUUUAACGCUGAUAUUUCUGUGGUGAAACUUCCAUCUCUCUGCAUUUCCUCUUCUGGGUUCUCCUCCUAUUCCUCUGUUUUUCCUCUCCUUCAUACAUCCAACUUCUCUAGCCACUUCUUGUAAUCAUAGUAACUGCGAAGUGAAUUUGUUUGUUUGACUUCACUGGCAUGUUAACAUAACAACUUGAUACAAUGAAGUGGGAAACGGAAAUCCUAUCUCCUGGAUCGUACCUUUCCAGCUCGAAUUGGCUUGCAGAAGAGAGCAAGAACACAAAAUGGACUAUAGCAGAGAACAAGGCAUUUGAGAAUGCUCUAGCAAUUUAUGAUAAGGAAACUUCUGAUAGAUGGCACAAGGUGGCAGCUAUGAUUCCAGGGAAGACAGUAGAGGAUGUGAUAAAGCAGUAUAAGGAACUAGAACUUGAUGUUAGCUACAUAGAAGCAGGGUUGAUUCCAGUUCCAGGAUAUAGCUCCUCUCCAUUCACAUUGGACUGGGUUAACGGCAAUGGUUAUGGCUAUGAUGGGUUCAAACAAUCUUAUGGCCUUGGUGGAAAGAGAUCUUCGACAGGCCGACCUACCGAUCAGGAGAGAAAGAAAGGAGUUCCAUGGACAGAGGAAGAACACAAGCUGUUUCUGAUGGGCUUGAAGAAGUAUGGUAAAGGGGACUGGAGAAACAUAUCUCGCAAUUUUGUUAUCAGUAGAACACCGACUCAGGUGGCUAGUCACGCACAAAAGUAUUUUAUCAGGCAGCUAUCAGGAGGGAAGGAUAAGAGAAGAGCUAGUAUUCAUGAUAUAACCACUGUCAAUCUCAACGAAACGAGAACUCCUUCACCGGACAACAAAAGAACAUCACCUGAUCAAUCUGGGGCGAUUUCUCAGCAGCCCAAUUCUGCUGCCAUGCCUCGAACGCAUUUCCAAUGGAACCAACCCAACAGUGGAGCAACCAUGGCUUUUAAUUCAACAAAUGCAAAUAUGUUCAUGUCUUCUCCUUAUGGGAUUAACUCGUAUGGGCUUAAAAUGCAAGGCCAGAAUCCGCAUAGAGGUGCUGUUCAUGACUCUUACAUUGGACAGCAAACCAUGGGUUUUCAGAUGCAAUCUGCGCAACACUACCCUCAUGGAUGAGAGAAUGGUUGUUCUUUAAUCCAUGGCUCAUAACUCCGCGUCUUCUUUUCAGUAGUAUAGUUGUGCUUAUGCCUUCUUUACUGUUUUUUUUUUCCUCUGGUCUUUUGUGUAUAAGCUGUCAAGAACUAAGUUAGUCAACAGUACAUGAACUUGGAGGGGACAGGAUUCUGUUUUGCUUGGAAUUCAAUUUCCUGAUUGUAAAA